CCAUGCCCUCCUUUUAACGCACUGGGUGGCCAGCUCACUCAUGGCUUCGUGGCAGUUGGACUGUUUUGGUGUCCAUCACUCUCCUGCCCUGUGCUGGUCGCAGACUCAGGGCGGCUGACAGAGCAAAAGCGGGAGUUCACGGGGCACAGGCGGGCAGACGUCAUGGAUAUAGAUGCUGAAAGAGUCAGAAUAUCGAAGGAGAUCAGGGAGUUGGAAAGGAUUCUGGAUCCCAGCUCUUCGAGUAUCAACGUGGACAUCUCGGAGUCAAGUCUCGACUCGGAUUCUGAUGCAGAUUCGCUGCCCGACGAGGACUCGGACGCCGCUGGCCCACUGCCCUCGGAAGGAGAAAGGUGGGGGGAGGCCAGCAAUGAUGAGGAUGACCCCAGGGAGAAGGCACUCCCUGAAGACCCAGAGACCUGCCUGCAGCUGAACAUGGUCUACCAGGAGGUCAUCCGGGAGAAGCUGGCAGAGGUCAGCCUGCUGCUGGCCCGGAACCGGGAGCAGCAGGUAGGACAGGGUCUGGCCCCAAGAAGCCCUGCAGCCAGGCCUCCCGGGACCAGGGCUCUGGGUCCCCUCCUCUCCAAGGGGAGGCACUGCUGCCUGGGCCACAGGUGGCCCCUUGUGUCUGCCACAGGAGGAAGUUAUGUGGGAACUGGUGGGGUGCAAGGGCUCCAGGGUGAAGGACAGCAGGACCCUGCCCUCGAGUCUGUAUAUGGGGCACUUCAUGAAGCCCUACUUCAAGGACAAGGUCACCGGAGUGGGAAGACCUGGGAAAAGGUCCUGCUCAGAAAGUCAGUGGUGAGCGACCGCCUGCAGCGUCUGCUCCAGCCCAAGUUACUCAAGCUCGAGUAUUUGCAGCAGAAACAGAGCAGCAGCACGAGCGAGGCGGAGAGGCAGAUCCUGGAGAAGCAGGCCAGGGAGGCUGAGAAGGAGGUGCGGGACAUCAAUCAGCUGCCCGAGGAGUCCCUGCUGGGGAACAGGCUGGACGACCACGACUGGGAGAAGAUCUCCAAUGUCAACUUCGAGGGCAGCCGCGGCGCACAGGAGAUUCGCAGCUUCUGGCAGAACCUCGAGCACCCGGCCAUCAACAAGCAGGAGUGGAGCGCGCGCGAGCUGGGCCAGCUGCAGGCCAUCGCGGCCGCGCACGGCCACCUGCACUGGCAAAGGAUCGCCGACGAGCUGGGGACCUGCCGCAGUGCCUUCCAGUGCCUGCAGAAGUACCAGCAGCACAGCCCGGCCCUGAAGCGCAAGGAGUGGACGGAGGAGGAGGACCGCGUGCUCACCCGGCUUGUGCAGGAGAUGCGCGUCGGCAGCCACAUCCCCUACCGGAGGAUCGUCUACUACAUGGAGGGGAGGGACUCCAUGCAGCUCAUCUACCGCUGGACCAAGAGCCUGGACCCCAGCCUGAAGAAGGGUCUCUGGGCCCCAGAGGAAGACGCGAAGUUGCUUCGGGCAGUUGCCAAGUACGGGGAGCAGGGUUGGUUUAAAAUCCGGGAAGAGGUGCCAGGUAGGAGCGAUGCCCAGUGCCGAGAUCGGUAUCUCAGAAGGUUACAUUUUGGCUUGAAAAAGGGACGAUGGAAUUCCAAAGAAGAGGAAAAGUUAAUUGAAUUAAUAGAAAAAUAUGGUGUCGGUCGCUGGGCAAGAAUCGCCUCUGAGCUACCCCAUCGGACGGGCUCCCAGUGCCUGAGCAAGUGGAAAAUGCUGGUCAGGAAGCGGCAGCGGCGCAGGCGGGGGCGGCGGCUCCCUCGCAAGGUGCGGUGGAGCUCCAGCAGCGGGGACAGCAGCACCGCCAGCAGUGGGGACAGCGGGGACUCGGAGCCAGAGGCAGCGCUGGGGGCCCUGACGGGUGGCCAGGCGCUGCUGCCAACACAGCAUGUGGUGCCUGACGUGGACCUGUGGGUUCCUGCCCGGCAGAGCGCCAGGGAGCUGUGGGGAGGGGGGCCCGGGAGCUGGCCAGGACCCUGUGGUGCCUGCCCCCGCCCUCCUGAGGGCUCCGACCCGGCUCAGGGUGGCCGCUGGGAAGCUUGCACCACGGCCUCAGCCCCAGCAGAGCCGGCAGGCCAGGCGCGGGCCGCCUCCGGGACCCAGAGCACCAGCCUGAGAGGCAUCAGAUGCCCGUGCUCGACGGAUGCUCGCCCCUCGAGCUCCACGGGGCCUGCGUGCCAGAAGGAGCUGAGGCAGCCGCACCUGCGCAGCGCCGCCCCGGGGCCCACCCCUGGUGGCGGUGGUGGCAGUGGCAGGGCCAGGCCCUGCGUGCGGCCGCUGUGGCACAGGACCGGGCAGCGGCGCCAGGGACACGCCCUGCAGAGGAGGCUCCUUGAGCACCAGCUUCUGACGGCCGUGAGCCCAUGGGUGGGCAAGGUCAUCCUGCCACGCACUCCCCGGAGGCCCGCCGUGGCGCACAGUCGAGCUGACGGCAUCAGGAGGCAGCUGCAGGGCGCCCACCUGGCCAGCACCCCCGUGUUCACCCUCUUCAUUCAGUUGUUCCAGAUCGACACAGCUGGCUGCAUGGAGGUUGUUCGGGAGAGGAAGGCCCGGCCGCCCGCCCUGCUCCAGGCUGGUGCCCGGGACUCGCCACUCCUGCAGGUACCCUCGAGUGCCCAGAACACCCCAGGCUGCCUCCUCCAGAGUGUGCCGGCCCGAGGAGCUGCGAAGAAGAGCACCUGCCACACGGGGAGCGGAGGGCCGCAGGCCUGCCACGCGGAGUCCACGCCGCAGGCACCCCCGCCGGCUCCCUCCGGACCCCGGCCCAAGCCCAAAACUGUGUCUGAGCUGCUUCGGGAGAAGCGGCUGCGGGAGGCCCGAGCCAGGAAGGCUGCCCAGGGCCGUGCGGUCCUCCUGCCCCAGGUGCUGGUCUCCUCUCCUGUGGUCUUCCAGCCGCUGGCCCCCCAAGGCCCCCCAGUCUCCGGUGCCGUGCUGUCUGGGCCUGGGGGCCCUGUGGCGGCCGCUUCAAGUGCGUUAGGCUCUUGGGGCUCAGCCGCGAAGGAGAGACCCCUGACAUUGCAAGCCUUUGCCCUCGCCCCGGCCUCCACAGGAGCCUCGAAGGCCCCGGCUGCCCCUGCUGCCUCCAGGGUCCCAGGUCUGGGCCCCGGCCAGGUCCCUGUGAGCUGCCGGCCAAGCAGUCUCGGACAGUCUCAGGCCCCUGCCACGUCCCGGAAGCAGGGCGUGCCCAAGGCACCACCCUUUCUCACUGCAGCGCCCAGCCCUGUUCGGCUGCCUGUCCAGCCCCUCAGCCUGACACCAGCUUUGGGCACACACACGGCAGCCAGCACCCCUCUGCCUGUCACCUGGGUGCUCACAGCCCAGGGGCUGCUCUCUGUGCCUGCGCAGGCGAUGGUGGGCCUUCCGAGGCCAGCAGGGACUCCUGAGCCUCAAGGGCUAUCGGUGACUCUGCUGCCCUCCCCAACUGCGACUCAGGCAGGCCAGGGCCCCAGGCUCCCUGGGCAGGGCCGCCCUUGGCAGCCCCCAACCAACACGGACACAGAAUCAGACCCUGCCUCCAGGACAGAGCUCUUGACCCUUCCGGCGCAUCCCACAUCCCAGAGCCCUGCGGAGGUGGACAUGGCCCAUGGCCCUGGGGGACACUCCCCUGGAGAGACGUCUGUACCCAGGACGUCCUCCCAGGCUACGCCCCUGGCUGGCGACUCUGAAGCGGAGCCCCCAGGGACCACCUCAGGGCCAGGGGAGCCCAGGAGGCCUUUGGGCCUGGAGGGGCCACCCCCGCCCUGGCGCAGGCCUGAGAAGAGGGCCCUGGACUUGUGCCUCCUCUCCCAGGAGGGCGAGGCAGCUGUGCGGGAGUGGCUGAGGGGGCAGCGGGGGGUGCGUGUGCCCCCCCUGGGCAGCAGGCUGUCCUACCAGCCUCCCACGCUGUGCAGCCUGCGGACACUGUCUGGCCUCCUGCUCCGCAAGAAGGCCUUGGAGCACAGAGCUGCCUCCCUGGUGCCCAGUGGGGCAGCCGGAGCCCUGCAGGCCUCGCUGGGGCGCGUGCGCGAGCAGCUCCGGGACAGCCCGGCCUACCUGCUGCUGCGGGUGCGCUUCCUGGCGGCCUUCGCCCUCCCCGCGCUCCUGGCCACCCUGUCCCCCCGCGGCGUGCCCACCACCCUGUCAGUAGCCAUGAGGUCCAGCCCCGAGAGCGACAGUGAUGACAGCAACCCGGGUCAGCCAGAGCUUGUGGCUGGGCAGCCGGGGGACCCAGCCAGCGGUCCGCAGGCGGCCGCCAUGCCUGCUCAGGUAGGUGGUUGCAGGUGUGGAGCCCUCGCCCCCUUCCCCAUGCCUGUCCGCAUCCCCCGGGGCGCCUCACCCCCUGUGGGUGUCGGCCCUCGCCCGGAGCACUGGGGGUGGGAGCAAGGGGAGGUCACGGCCGGGGGGCCAGCGGCUGGUUUCUGCGGAGGAAGAGGCCGCUCUGUGCACCCCACGCACGCGGACUCCGGCGGCAGGAACCUCACUGCCGGCAUGGGGGUCCCGCCACCCAGGCCUCAUCCACAGGAGUCUCCAUGCCCCCCCGCGCGUGCAUACGCUGACACACACACCCCUGGGGGUCUGUCUGUGCGCCUGCACUUUUUGGGGGUCUGUCCAGUUGCCGACUCCAGCACGUCCACGUCCAGAGUUCUCUAAGUUGUGGAAGCAAACCACCGUAACUGUUACCUGACAAGAAACCCGCCGCACACACGUGUGAAGGUGUCCCCUGACCCGUGCACUCAGGGAGCCCCUAGUCCCUGUUGCCUGGGCUGAGCAGGAGAGCCGGGUCGCCUCAGGACAGGGCCCCGAGGUCCCUGGCAGGUGGUGUCCGGCGAGCAGGUGGUGACCCCCAGAGAAUCCCCAGAAGCAGUCCCUCGCCUUCACGCAGGGUGGCCUCGCUGCUGGCCUGGUCGAGCCUGGGGCCACCCUUAUGCGUUGCCGGGGCCGGGGAGGCGGGGUUGUCACUGAGCUGUGCCAGUCCCUCCUGCCCGCGGCCCGGCCCGGCCCCCCUCCUUCCCAGGAGCACGGCCUUAGGAGUCCGGGGGGGCUUCUGGACUGAAGCAAAGGCAAAACACUGCUGGGCCCUAAAUAGGUGUUGAGGGCAAAAGGCUCGCUGUCCCCCGCAGUGUGUGCAGCCUUCCGUGGUCCUCCGUCCCUGCCCGGCCAGCCCAGUUUGGGGGAACCGUGGCAUAAGUGGCUGGCUCUAGGGGGGCUGCUCAGAAGGGAUUGGAGCCCCCGAGUGAGAGAGGGGUCAGCGGAAAGCCAGAGCCCGCGUGUGACCCCAGGAAGGCAGCAGCUCCUGUCCCAUCUCGGCAGGGACAAGUCCAAGGAGCUACCUGUCCCUUGCCGCCACCCCGUCCCCUGCCCAUCCUGGCUGGAGAGUCACUCCUGUUCUCCGCCUGGACUUAGUUUCAGGGAUCGCCACACCCCGGACAGGCCUCUGCCCCCUCCUGCCCGGACGGUCCCGAUGAGCUUGACGUGCUCCAGACACGGCACGCCCGGCAUGCCCGGAAGCGGAGGAGGCUGG